UCUCUGAAAGGACCAUGUUUUCUGCAUUUGCCAAAUUGUUAAGUUUUUUUUUGAAUGAUGAAGAAGAUACAUCAGAGGACAAUGAAUUAUCUGCAAAAGAAGUAAAUGAUGAAGACAAAGAUGAGAAAGAAGGAUUAUCUAAGAGUUCACAUGGAAAGGUCACUCACAUCUACAAUGAUUAUGGUCUUAUAGAUGGGGAGAUCUUUUUCACAUUCCAAACUGUCUUGUCAGAAAAAAGACUAGGGUAUGGGGAAGAAGUCAGUUAUGUUGCUAAACGGGAAACCCUGGGAUCUGGUUGGCGUGCUACUCAGGUUGCCUUAGCAACCAGCUGGGAUGUUGACAGUGAUGAGGAGGAGGAUAAAUCAAUGGUGGGGAUCAUUGAAAAAUUCAACGGAGAAUUCGGCACCAUUAAUGGACAUGUCCAGUUUAGUCUGGCCGCAGUAUGCUUGGAUAACUAUGUUCCUUGUGUAGGUGACUAUGUCACAGUUGAUGUGAAAAGGAUAUGCGGGCUGUUGGAGGCAACCAAUAUGAAGCCCCUGAGGAUGUUUGAAAAGGAAGGACAGAUCUCUGCAGUGCAGCAGGACCAUGGGUACAUUGACGGAGACACAUUUUUCACCCUGGCAGCUUGCUGUGAUGGCUUCAAUCCUCGAAAAUGGGACAGAGUUCAAACUGUGGUCAUUGAGAGUUCUCGGGGCCAGUGUAGCUGGAGGGCUAUAUCGAUCAAACCUUUGAUUGUGAAUCCUACUCUGAGUGUCUCAGCUUUUGCUAGUCCCAUGAAAUCAACCUUCCUUGAUGAUCUCCAAAAAAACAAGAAUGGCAUACAUGUGUCUGUGGAAACUGAUUUUGGGAAAGUGGAUGUAGGGGAGAGACGUAAAUUGACUGUGUGGGUCCAAAACAAGGGGGAGACAGAACAGGUGUUUCUGAGGGCGCAUCUGCCACCAGAGUGUAAACAGGUCAACAUUGAAGGAGUGAAAUACUUAAGUGAACAUACAGCCAUGAUGAAAUCUGGGAAUGUUGAAGUCAAGAAGGGAAAGAUAACUCUGUAUCCAGCUAUGUCACUGUAUAUCAAUGUAUCACUAGAAGCAAAAUUCCCUGGAAUAGAGAAACAGCUUUUGGUGGUAACUUUUGAGAAGUUCCGUAUUGGACGGUACAUCACAGCAGAAAUCGCUGACCCAUAUCACAGUUUGGUACCAGUUGGGUCAGCGUACAGAAGUGAACAGCAAAUGUCACCUUUCAGCAAAUACCGAACCUCAGCCAAUGCAGGUCAAGGUUGGGUGGUUCCAGGUGAACGGCCACAGAGAGGUGGAAGGAAACACAUUUUGAAAUUACCCAAUCGUCUUCCACAAUACCCUGUGCCCCAGUUACUGCGGAACUUCAUUCUCAAUGGUGACCAGAUUUUGGAAAUCUGUCCAGAGCUUACACAGGAUUUAACCACUGAGAAUUAUGUGAAGAAAAUGAAAACCCUUCUUCAUUUGGAGGAGAUACAGAUGGAUAUAGACAUCAGAGAAUUCGACUUAAGCAGGGUUCCUCUUAGACCGGUUGGGGAGUUUCUUGGGUUAGCAGUACCUGGACUGGCAGAGGGACGACCUUCAGUGUUGCUAGGAGACAAGGUCAUGCUCUCUGAUCCCUCAGAUCCACAGGGGCCUGUUUAUGAAGGAUAUGUUCAUGAGGUUCUAAGUGAAGAGGUGCUACUGAAAUUUAAUUCAAAUUUUCACCUGGGCUACAAUGGGAAGGAUUAUAAUGUACAGUUUACCUUUAACAGAUCUUCUAUCAGGAGAUGCCAUCAAGCAGUGCAGUUUGCAGCAAAUUUGGAUGAAAAUGUUCUGUUUCCGUCCACCGUAUGCCCUCGCCCAUCUCAGCUGAAAAGAAGCUCCAGUGGUCCAUCUCUGUCCAGACAGGCAGAAAGAAAUGGUCAAAGAUCUGAUAGGACAAUGCAAUUCUACAAUCCCGAACUAAACAAGAAACAAAAGGUGGCAGUAUCUAGGAUAUUACACGGACAGUCUCGUCCUGUGCCUUAUAUACUGUUUGGACCCCCAGGUACUGGUAAGACUAUGACAGUUGUGGAGUCUAUACUACAGGUGCUGACCCAGAUUUCACACAGUCGAAUAUUAGCCUGUACCCCAUCUAAUAGUGCUGCAGACCUCAUAGCUGAGAGGUUACACAUGAGUGGUGUUGUGAAGACCUGUGAUAUGAUACGACUUAAUGCAUCACAGAGAAGUCAGGAGGGUAUACCAGCAAGUAUUCUGCCCUACUGUACUACAGGAGAGGAUCUUGACAUGGCGUCCCGGUAUCGUAUAGUGGUCAGUACCUGUAUCACAGCCGGGUCAUUGUGUAUGUGUGGAAUCAAGGCUGGACACUUCACACACGUGUUUGUGGAUGAGGCAGGCCAGGCUACUGAACCUGAGUGUUUGAUUGCUGUCAACUUUGCUGCCGGGGAAAACUGUCAGGUAACAUUGGCUGGGGACCCCAUGCAGUUAGGACCAGUCAUAAGGUCAAAGUUUGCCAAAGGUUAUGACCUUGACCUUUCUUUCUUAGAGAGAUUAGUGGAAACACCAAUCUAUGCAAGAGAUGAAACCAAGUUUGUUGACCAUGGGGCAUAUGACCCACUUCUAGUGACAAAAUUAGUAGAUAAUUAUAGAUCUCAUGAAGCCAUACUGACUUUAACGUCAAAACUGUUUUACUAUGAUGAGUUGAGGGAGAUGGCAGAUAGAGAGCUGACACAUUUUCUAUGUCAAUGGACAGCCUUGCCAAGAAUGGGUUUCCCUGUCAUAUUCCAUGGAGUCAGGGGUGAAGAUCUGAGGGAGGGAAACAGCCCCUCCUGGUUUAACCCUGCUGAGGUUGUACAGGUUGUGAGGUACCUCCAGGGGGUACAGCAUGAACAGUCCAUAGCUUCUGAGGACAUAGGUAUCAUUACACCCUACAGAAAACAGGUAGAGAAAAUUCGCCUGUUGAUUGACAAGCUGGGAAUGGAGAGAGUCAAGGUCGGGUCUGUGGAAGAAUUUCAAGGUCAACAAAGAAAGGUCAUCAUCAUAUCCACAGUUAGAGCCAAUGAGAGAAUGAUUGGAUUCGAUAAGAAACACACCCUAGGUUUCCUUAGCAACCCCAAGAGAUUUAAUGUUGCCAUAAGUAGAGCACAGGCUCUCCUGAUUAUUGUGGGCAACCCCUAUGUCUUAGCUCAGGACAAAUACUGGCAGGUGCUCAUCCAAUACUGUAUUGAGAAUGGUGGAUAUUGUGGGUGUGACAUUCCAGAGAUCCUCCCACAGGAUGUUUCUAGCAAUCAUAUGCAAAAUGAUAAUGAAUCUGAGGAGUCAAAAGUUCAAACUUAGCCAAUUAGAGUAGAGGAAGGAUUUUAUCAUAUACAUGUACAAUGCAAAGAAAUGAAAUCUGAAACACAGAAGUUUAUUUUAUUAUACAUAGGAAGAAUGUAGAGUCAAUUAACUGCCAAAAGCACUGUGUGCCAUGUUUUUUAUUUAUUUAUAUUUAAUUUUUGUCUGUUGGUCUGCUUGUUUGUUAAUUUUUGUUUGUUUGUUUGUUUGUUUGUUUUUUGAAAGGUAAGUGUAUUUACUUAACAGGUAUAUAAAUGUUUUUGAAUAAUUAUAUACAGUAAAACAUAUUUAUUAUAAUUUUCAUUAACACAAAGUAAAUGUCUGCUUUAUGCAAAUGUCUAUAAUUGUGUUCCUAAAAGGUUAGAUGUACAAAUGUAAAU